GUCCUUUUGUUUCUUCAUUCUUUCAUUUCAAAAUGUAUUUUUCUUCUCAUUCUCUCAUUGCUUCCGUGCUCUUGGUCUCUGCCGUUCAAGCAUACCCAGGAGUUCAAGCAGAUCUUGUUGUUGAUAUACUAGCUACAGCGACAUCUGCAAUUGUUUUAGAGACCCCUCCACCUUCGGAAGGGCUUCUUGACAAUGUAGGGUUGUUCAAAUUCUUCGCAAGAGCCGCGAAGAAGACAACAGCAAAAACCACUGCUAAAACCACUGCUAAAACAACAGAGGCUGCACCGACAACCCAGAAAACUACAGCUCCAGCAACAACGCAAAAAACUACAGCCGUGGUGACUACACCCACAACUACCUCGGUGAAAACCACUGAAACACCUACUACCACUUCAAUCAAGACUACUUCCAUCCCGACUACGUCAUCUAUAUCCACGAAACCUACGUCUACGUCUACUUCAACGAGUUCGACUUCGGUUGUAGCACCAAGUAGUACGAGUACUAUCUCCAAAUCCUUGAUUUCAAGCACCAGCUCAAUUCCUACCUCGGUGGCUUCAAUUCAGACAUCUCAAGUCUCAUCUUCCACUGUGUCUCCGAUCUCUAGCUCGUCAACAUCUAGCUCUUUGGUAUCCAGUAAAAGUUCUACUUCUGUAGCUACGUCUUCUCAAAUAUCAACUUCUAAAACUGGUUCAUUGUCCAGUGUUAGUGGAGUCUCCGGAUCCAUUGUCAGCACUGGCUCUUUAUCAUCCCCUACUGUCUCUACUUCGGCUGGUGGGUCUGUUUCUUCUGGAAUCAAUUCAAAGACUAGUGAAUCUCUCACCAGUACUGGAUCAGCAUCAACAAGAACCGGUUCCAUAACGAGCACUGCUUCCGCUUCAGCGAGUGGAUCCCUUUCAUCUGGAACAGGUUCUAUCACCAGUGGAUCUCUCACCAGCACUGGGCCAGUAUCAUCAGGAAUCAGUUCGAGCUCGAUCUCAGGGAGUGGAACUAUAACUUCCUCCUCCCGCAUCUCCUCCUCCAGCGGUUCCAUCUCUUGUUCCGUCUCCAACACCGUAACAGACAUAACCUACUUUGUUUCACCCGCCACCAACACCCUUGGUUCCGUAACAAAACUUUCCACCAUCUCCUCCACCGCCGUCAGAACCAUCGGAUGUUCUCUCAGCGCCAAAACCGCCACAUCCACCGUCUCCUCCUCCGCAUCUAUCAGUAAAAUCGUCAUUCCAACCGGCUAUGGAGAUCCCAUCAUGAGCGCCGAAGCCAAAAAUGCCGCUUUCUACAAAGCCGGCGUGGCGGGAUACUCAAGCCAGCUGAGCGUUUACAGCGCAGCCUCGACGAGAACAAGCGGGAUGACCACAAUGGCUUCUGCGACGGGGAGUGCGUCGGGCGUGCAAAGCGGUUCGGGUUCAUCUAGUGCUUUGAGUGCCCCGAGUAGUCUUGCAAGUGGCACGACGAAGGAAAGUGUAAGUAGUGUUGCUACCACGGAUGUUUCGAGUACUACUAGUGCGCCGGCUACUUCUGAGACGGCUUCCGCCACGGGGUUUGUAGGGGAGAUCUCUUCGCUUCUUAAUAUCUUUUAAGGGGGAGGUGUGGAUAUAUGAGGGGGCUGGAUAUUAGCAUGGGAAUAGAUUCA